AUGGCGCCCGAAGAGAAGAAGAAGAAGGACCCCAGGGCCUGGAGAGGUCUUACGCCUCCUCUGGCUGAAUGGAUACUCGACUUCGUGUCCAGCCAGGGCUUUCAGCGCAUGACGCCCGUCCAAGCAGCAUGUUUGCCGCAGUUCCUGGGUAAUAAGGACGUUGUAGUAGAGGCUGUUACCGGCAGUGGUAAAACGCUUGCCUUCCUCCUCCCGAUAGUCCAGAAGCUCAUGCGCCUCUCCGAACCGACGAAGCGCGGCCAUGUCUUCUCCAUCAUCGUCUCCCCGACCCGCGAGCUCGCCAUCCAGAUCCACACUAUCCUCCAGUCCCUCGUCGGCUUUCACCCCCCGUCCGCUGAGAUUCUACCCUACCUCAAAGAAGAUGAUAAGCGCCCCGACACGACGGUGCCCGUCAUCGUUCCUCAGUUGCUCGUCGGCGGAGUGACCACGACACAACAAGAUCUCAGCUACUUUGUCAGACACGCACCCAACGUCUUGGUCUCGACACCGGGCAGACUCGUCGAGCUCCUCGCAUCCCCGCAUGUCCACUGCACAUCUUCCACUUUCGAGCUCUUGGUUCUCGAUGAGGCGGAUCGUCUGCUGGAUAUGGGUUUCAAACAGGACAUUCAGAGGAUCCUAGGAUACCUGCCGAAGCAGAGAAGAACAGGCCUCUUCAGCGCCUCGGUCUCGGAGGCAGUGUCACAGAUUAUCACCGUCGGUCUGAGAAACCCGGUCAAGAUUGCCGUCCGGGUGAAGAGCUUGAAGGAUGGGGGAAUCAUUGAAGACCGGAAAACGCCAAUCAGCCUGCAAAUGUCGUACCUCGUCACGCCAGCAAGCCAGAAGCUCCCGGCACUGAGCAAGAUCCUCGAGAACCUGAACCCGCGGCCACAACGUAGCAUCGUCUUUCUGUCGUCCUGCGCUGCCGUCGACUACUUCCAGCACGUCCUACCCACCAUCAUGCCAGCAGGCUUCACACUCGUGCCCCUGCACGGAAAGCUCCCUCCCAAGGCAAGAGAGAAGAGUUUCAACAAGUUCGUCAACUCAGUAUCACCAUCUGUGUUGCUGUGCACGGACAUUGCAGCAAGAGGUCUCGACAUCCCGCAGGUAGACUUUGUCUGCCAGGUCGAUCCUCCUUCAGAUCCAAAGGUUUUCAUUCACAGGAGUGGACGUGCCGGAAGAGCUGGCAGAAAGGGAUUGUCGGUCGUGUUUCUGCAGCCUGGUCACGAGGAGGACUACAUUCCCUUCCUGGAAGUCCGCAAGACGCCCAUCUUCCCCCUGACAAAACCCGAGAUCGUCAUCACCAAAGAAGAAGCCAACGAGGCGUCAGAAAAGUUCCGUGACGUCCUUCGAAGCGAUCGCGCUUACCACGACAAGGCGCAAAGGGCAUUCGUGAGUUGGGUGCGCAGCUACAAUGCCCACCUGACCACAUCCAUCUUCCGCGUCAAGGACCUCGACUGGGCAGACCUUGGAAAGGCAUGGGGUCUGCUGCGCCUGCCGCGCAUGCCCGAGACGAAGAAUUGGGAGGGGGACAAGUGGCUCGGGAACGAAGACUUUGACUGGGAGAAUUUCACCUACAAGGACAAGACCAGGGAGGCGGCACGACUAGCGGCGGCUGAGGCGGAGCGCAACGGCGAGAAGGCGGCCGCGGCAGACGAGGUGAAGCGCAAGCGGAAGACCAACGAGGCGUGGAGCAAGCAGACUGAGAGGGACGAUGUGCGGACGGAGCGCCGCGAUAAGAGGAGACGCAAGAGGGAGGCUGAGCGGAUGUCGACCAUGACCGAGGAUGAAAAGAUCAAGGCGAUGGAGCUGAACGAGAUGAUUGCGGAGAUUAGGAGGAAGAACCAGGCUAAGGAGGCGGCUGACGGAAAGGAUGAUGAGUUUGAGGGGUUCGAUGAUUGA